UUGUCUUCCCUAACCUACCGACUUUGAAAAGAGUAAUAGCAUCCCAUUGAAGGGUUAUUGUAUUUGUACACAAUUUUGUGGUUGAUGAAUUUUUUAUGACAUAAACUAUUAAUAUUUGAUUUAUUUAAGAUAAUAAAUAAUUUGUAACAUCUGUAUCUCAUAUUAUGUCAAACAUAUUUUAUUUGCUUAAAGUGUUCAGAUGUAUUUUCUAACCAAUAUCUCAAACUUGUUAUGAUACUCAAUAUUUUGCCUAAAUUAUUAUAAACAUUAUUAAAAAUGUAUCCUAUUGACUUGACAAAGACAAUUCCAUCGGCACAUGCCAAUGAAAAUAAAAAAGUAUUUUUAAAUGAUGCCGAAUUGGACAAUAUUGCUCUAUUUCUUGUUGGAAAUCAACAACGUUUUAGAGAAAAUAUUAUAAUUCCAAGAAUUCUGGGACCUGUACAAAUAAAAACUAUUGAAGAGAAGAGAGUGGAAAGUGUAAUGGAAAGUUGUGCAUUUAAAAGUAUCAUGAGUUGUGUUAUUGGAUAUGGUUUGGGAGCGGCCAUUGGAUUAUUCUCUUCCAGUGUAAAUCCUAAUAUAACAAGUGUUGAAAAGCAACAAAGUGCGAAGGAAAUAUUUAGAGAAAUGAAAACUACAACACUUGGAUAUGCCAAGAACUUUGCGGUUGUUGGAUGUGUAUUUUCUGCCAUUGAGUGUACAAUAGAAUCGUAUAGAGGUAAAACUGAUUGGAAAAAUGGCACAUAUGCAGGUGGCUUAACAGGUGGAUUAAUUGGCCUAAGAGCUGGUAUAAAAGCAGGUAUAGUCGGUGCUGCAGGUUUUGCAGCAUUCUCAACAGCAAUAGAUUAUUAUAUGCACAGAUCUUGAAACUACUACUGGUUUAAGUUACUGGAAGAUAUAUUUGUAUAAAAAAGAUAUAAAAAUUUACACAGUUGUGUAUCUGUACAGUUUAUGUAAAAAACAUGGAAAUAUUUUAAAGUAUGUAAAAAUGCUCAUAUGUAAAAACUAGUAUCAUAUGACCGAAGCAUAAAAUAUAUUGCCUUUAAUAUUACAAUAUA